UAGCGGCACUGAGAAGAUGGCGGAGGAGGAACGGAAUAUCAAAGCCGAGAAACUCAAGGAGAAGGCGAACAGUUAUUUUAAAGAAAAAGACUAUGAAAAUGCAAUCAAGUUCUACACUGAAGCAUUGGAGCUAAAUCCAUCCAAUGCCAUCUACUACAGUAACCGGAGCCUGGCAUACCUGCGCACUGAGUGCUAUGGCUAUGCCCUGGCGGACGCCACGCGCGCCCUGGAGAUCGACAAAAAUUACAUCAAGGGCUACUAUAGGCGUGCCACCUCAAACAUGGCCCUGGGCAAGUUUAAAGCUGCUCUCAAGGAUUAUGAGACGGUAGUAAGAGUGCGGCCCAACGAUAAGGAUGCCAAGAUGAAGUACCAGGAGUGUAACAAGAUUGUGAAGCAGAAGGCCUUUGAGCGAGCCAUUGCCAGCGAUGAGCUGAAAAGAUCCGUUGUCGACUCCCUAGACAUCGAGAACAUGACAAUUGAGGAUGAGUAUGCAGGGCCUAAACUGGAAGAUGGGAAGGUCACGUUAAAUUUCAUGAAAGAGCUGAUGGAGUGGUUUAAAGAUCAGAAGAAACUACACCGAAAGUGUGCUUACCAGACAGAGAAAAUAACUAUUUGUGGGGAUACACACGGCCAGUUCUAUGACCUCCUAAACAUAUUUGAGUUGAAUGGCUUGCCCUCACCGACCAAUCCAUAUCUGUUCAAUGGUGAUUUUGUCGACCGUGGUUCAUUCUCAGUGGAGGUGAUCCUCACCCUCUUUGGCUUUAAGCUGCUCUACCCAGAGCACUUCCAUCUGCUGAGAGGUAACCAUGAGACAGACAACAUGAACCAGAUGUAUGGAUUUGAGGGUGAAGUAAAAGCCAAGUACACUGCCCAGAUGUUCCAGCUGUUCAGUGAGGUCUUCCAGUGGCUUCCUUUAGCCCAGUGUAUCAACAACAAAGUGCUGAUCAUGCACGGAGGACUGUUCAGUGAAGACGGAGUGACCUUAGAUGACCUCAGAAAGAUAGACAGGAACAGACAACCCCCAGACUCUGGUCCUAUGUGUGACCUUCUGUGGUCAGAUCCACAGCCUCAGAACGGUCGGUCCAUCAGUAAGCGGGGCGUGAGCUGUCAGUUUGGGCCUGAUGUCACAGAGCGCUUCCUCAAACAGAACAAGCUUCAGUACAUUGUUCGUAGUCAUGAGGUGAAAUCCGAGGGUUACGAGGUCACUCACUCAGGGAAGUGCAUCACCGUAUUCUCGGCACCCAACUACUGUGACCAGAUGGGUAACAAAGGAGCAUAUAUCCACCUCAGGGGAUCCGACCUCAAGCCAGAGUUUCACCAGUUCACUGCUGUGCCUCAUCCGAAUGUCAAGCCCAUGGCGUAUGCCAACUCUCUGUUGCAGUUGGGGAUGAUGUAGAGGCCCUGUGUCCCUGUCCAUCUGUCUGUCUGUCUGUCUGUUAGCAGUGGGAUGACCUGUUCAUCCAAAUCCACACCGAGUCCUCAAGAUUGUCACACACUCAGUCCCUCUCUACACAUAUGACUCUCUCUCUCUCCUCUCUCUCUCUCUCUCUCUAUCUCUCUCUCCCACUCUCACUCUCUCACUCUCUCUCACACAUGCACAUGCUUGCUCUGUUGAGAAUGCGUGCGGGACAGUUAAGGGGGGGAGAGACAGGGAGGGACAGCUAUAAUAGCAAAACAGGAUUUUUCCCGUCUCCAUACCUUUUCCAUUUGUCGGUUCUGCUUCGGGGCGAAAACAAAAACAAAACAAAACAAAAAAAAAUUUUUUUUUUGCAUCCAAAUGGAGCUGCUAGAUUUUUAAUGAUUUGACUGGUGGUUGAUUUCCAGCCGUGUGAUAACAGAAGCUGGAUUGUACCAAAGAUGUGAAAUUGAGUUGAAUUGGAAAUGUCAUGUAUCACCAUAGUGCUCAUAUGGAUCAGUCUCUGUCUCAUUAUUCAGCCUAGGUACGCAGUUAAGUGAGGCACUGUUGGGAGGGAAGCUAGUGUGUCACCGUAAUACUGUAGCGCUGCGGAUUCGUGCUGCUUGGAGAAACAACCACUUUUCACGUGCGUGUCACAUUUGAGAGAAGUACAUGUUCGAGUCAGAUGGGACAUUGGUAAGGUUUGUUUUAGCGGGCUUUUACAAGAAACGUCUCAAAUUUUCACCACGAAAGGUGGUCUCGUAUUCACAUUUUUUCCCCCGUCUGUUGAAAUCCCAGUAGUUGCCGUCGCCACUUUCAAUCCCGUUUCAUGAGAAUGUACAGUAUUGCUAAAAUCAGUAGCUGUUUGUCGUAUUUCCAUUCUAUUGGCAGCUCUUACAAACACAUGUUUUCUCUCCCAACUCGCUUAACUGAAUAACACUGGCGAUGCUGUAAACCUUCAUUGUGUGUCUGUCUCCCUACUUCCUGGCUCCCUUUGUGUGGAUCUACUAAAGAGUACAGCAGGCGUCCAGAGACCCAUCUUCCUCUUUUAAAGCGCACAGCAGUCAUAUCCCUUGCCCUUGACUUUUUAGAUUAUGUUAUAUACACAAACGUGUAUGUAUAUAUAUACUGUAACA